CGCACAUCGCGGACUGUGACCUGGAUCGAGUAUGUGGCCGAUCCCGUGCAGUCAAACAGGACAUUGCAGAAACAAGUUUUAUAGGACAGGACGCGUUUAAUUCCCGGAGAGUUACUGAAAAGGUGCAUGAAUUCGGUUCUGAUCUAUUUCUAAGAACAGACGAUAUCAGCCACGUGACAUCGUAAAACAAAAUGGAGUCGACGGUGACAGUUUUCCUUGUCGUCAUGACAACCAUCAUCUCCAGUGCCCUUUCACAACAGUGUCCGGGUGUUUGUAACUGCAAGGGCAACAAAGUCGAAUGUAUAAUAAGCAAGGCUACGUUUCCAGCUGGAAUACCCACGACUGUGACGUCACUGACUAUAGACUCCACCUCUCCCAAGGACCAUAACAACUUCGGGGAGCUUGUACGCGACAGCUUCUCAACGUUCAAAGAUUUAAGUGAAAUUGUUCUCAGUCGUUGUGGCAUUACCGGAAUAGCUAUUGGAACAUUCAUGGAUUUGACAAAAUUGACAUCUCUAACUCUGAAAUCCAAUAAAUUAGACGGCCUAUAUCCGGGUUCUUUCAUGUUGGGAGAAGCGCAGACUUUGCAGACAUUGAAACUGUCUUCGAAUGGAUUAAAACGCCUGCAGGACUAUACGUUCAGGGGUCUGAGGGUGGAUGUGCUCGAUUUGAGCGGAAACGAUAUUGAGUCGAUUGAGGCUGAGACAUUCUUUGAGGCAAGUGUAAAAUCUCUCAACCUGAGUAACAACAAACUAAAGACGCUAGGUGGUGCCACAUUGCGUCCUCUUGCCGAAAGUCUAACAACUUUAGACAUGCGCAGAAAUGGGAUGAAGUCAUUUGACGAAGAUCUGUUGUCGUCGUUGACGAAACUGGUCGAGAUUAAUCUGUCGUGGAAUAUGAUCAGAGAGGUCACACCCGACAUGUUGAAUAAAUUAACCAACCUCAAAGACUUGAAUCUGGAACACAACGCGAUGACGGGGCUGAGGGAGGAGUUCCUUGAGAUCAUAGACAGAGUGAAUGCCAUCAAUGUGAACACAAACUCCUUCAACUGUAAUUGUGAUUUGAAAUGGUUGAAAACAUUUGCGCAGCCGAACGAAACGUGUCAGCAGAAAAACAAGUGUUUCACGGCGGUGCGCUGUACAACACCGAAAGAUGUUCUGCUGAAGGACUUCCCAGAAGAUGAGUUUAAAUGCUCAGGUGUAAAGAUCUUGGGCACUGAAGUGAAAUUGGCAGAGGCCACCUGCAGAGCGAAAGGUGACCCUGCUCCAAAGAUUUGGUGGAAAGCACCCUCUGGCACUCUGGUCUCUGCCUCAAAUGUAUCGUACGGUGUAACACACACUAACAGUACAAUAAGAAUAACCUUAGCAUCGGAGAUUGGACAAUAUGAGUGUAUCGCUGGCAACAGUCUUGGGAAUGUCUCCGCUUUUGCCGCAGACGUGGGGACGUGCCGGUCGCGGAACGUCUGCUACGGCCCAGGGGACGUAGCUGGGGCCGUCCUGGGGACGUUUUGCUUCUGUAUCAUUUUAGUUGCUCUUCUGUGGGGUUUUAGAGACAAGAUUUGUAAGAGGAAAGAUGGACGAAAGAAAACUGUGCCUCGCUUUAGGAACAAUGUUUACAAGGACGUCACGACCCCUGUUAGCGGCAAGAACGGAGAAAGGGAGCGAUUGUAGAGGAUGAAAGCCAUUUUAUGUAAACAAGCUUAACCCCGAGUUAAUAUGUCGGUCUUGCAAGAUAUCGUGUGUGAAGACAUGGGUUGUGCGACACCCUGCGUUGAGCCGCUGGUAAUGAAAAUACUUGAUUUUUGCAAGGGUGGGAGUCGGAAACGCGAUCAUGAGAGGACUUUACACAUUCGUAUGCCAACUGAUGUGAUGGGGCGGGUCGAGGAGCUCUUUUUGGUCACUGAGUUAGUGACUCUCCUCGCAUGUAAAUUCAUAUUGGUUGCGGAUUUUCUCGUGAUGAGUCUUAUUUAUUGUGAACUGAUUUCUUCGUAUUGAAUCUUUAUCUAAAAAGGGUUUUAAGACGACGCUUUUAAUCAUUGUCCAGCUAACACGACAGUUCUGCACUGGGUAUCCAAGACACAUGUGUAUUCAGAUCUUCGUUUUAAUUCAUGAAAUAUCUCGUUUGCUCAGGCGAGACAAAGAGGUGGCUUGGGUUAGUUUUUGUCACUGCUAUUAUUGGGGAGGGCCGGAAUAUAUAUAUGAAAUUUCACCAUCGAUUGUAAAUAGGACACGAUGCUAAUUCAUGUUAAUUUUAUUCAAGGCAUGUAUAUUUCACCAGAGACUUCAAUGCAUAGCUUAUGUGUACAUGUAUCACUUUCAUAUGUAUGUGGCUUUACCAUGCUCUUCAAACUGUUCAUAAUAAAUAACUUUUAUAUGAAA